AUGUUGAGACAGCCGACAAGCAGCAGCACAUGCGCCCGCGCGCUCGUUCCGCAGCUGACCAUCGCCCGUCGCACUCGCCACUCUGCCGCCACCGCAACAGCAGUAGUAGCAGCAGCAGCACUCGUGUCGCUGCCGUCUGGUCGUGCCGCUGCCAGCCACAUCCGCAGCAGCACGGCCGCCAGUGAGAUCUCGCAUUCGGGCGUCGCUGCGCUUGGCCGCACUGUCGCCGUCGCCACUGCUGCAGUCCGCGCGCGCUCCACUUCAGCUGCUACUCCAGUCGCGCUGCUGCGCCGUGGGAUUGUCGGUCAGCCGGCGAUGACUGGCGCGCGAAGCAUGUCCUCGCUCCCUUCCGGUGGCAACCCUGGUCCCUUUGGAAGUGCUGGUGCCAUGUCGCCGUCAGACUACCGCGCUGAUGAUGCUGAUGCUGGUGCUUCUCAGCCACUUCCGUCGGAUGUGCUUGCCGAGCUGCUUGGCGAGCAACCACGGAACUCGCGCAGCGACACGCUCACUGGCGAUUCAAUCUACAAGCCCCCAGCUGUGCUGACCACAGACGAGCCACCAACUGCAGUCCCGUUCACGCGCAAGAAGAAGCUGUGCCCUGUUUGCUCAACAGGCAUCGUGGUUGACUAUAAGAACAUUGCCUUCUUGUCACAGUUCCUGUCGAAGCACACCGGCUCCAUUCUUCCCCGAUCUGUCACUGCGCUCGCUCGCAGGCUAUCAAGCGCGCACGACAAAUGGCACUACUACCGUACAACUUCAAACACACUUCCAUUCCUGAAUAUCAAUGA